GCGAGUGUCAAGUUUUCAUCUGUAGUCAAACGGAUUUACAUACACGUAUUCCCCAAAGAAAGUUGCAACACACACAAAUAAUAACAAAUGUUACAUACAGGCGCUGCUCAAGUAAGCGACUUUGCCGCCCAGCAGCAAGCCACACCACUCAAGCCAAAGAAUACCCAUCGGUUAUAUCGAAUCUUUCGUAAGCCCAAGUCCACUGUAGCUGUGCGCCGGUGGCGUGGCGGCAAAGGCGCAGAUGGGGAAUCUGACUCUUGUGUUGGUUGUGUUUCCAAGCAGGCGAUCAUGAGGUUGGUGGGUGGGCUAACGGAGUCCGAGAGGCAGCGCGCUGAGGCGAAGCUAGAGCCCUUUUCUAUCCUGCACGAGGAGCUAGCCAAAAGAGCGGCACGAUUCGGCGUCCUGGUCGACCCUGGUGUUGUUGACUCCGCUGUCAAUGGCCCUACGAUGAUUGUUGAUGAAGAAACAUUGCGCCACCGCGAGAUGCGCUUCAAAUCAACAGAACAGGUUGAAAUGGAUCUUGCCAUGCAACGCCGUCAGGAGCGCUUUGGUGCUGCACCCACUGGGAACACCCUCGGAGCACCGAUAGAACUGAAGCUGUCGGACAAGGACACCAAAGCACUUGAAGCCCGCGCUCGUCGCUUUGCGAACUAGAGAGGGUGCUAUUAGAAGAAUAUCAUAAUUGACAGGGUCCUAAAUUAGAGCACAUAAAACGGAGUAAGAAAGAUGUCAAGAAAAAUGGACAAGACCAAUAUAAUCAGAAAAAGCUGUUGAUACUUCUUAAUAAGUUUUGGUGUUGGUGGAAUAAUGCAAAAAAA